AGUGUAAACCCUGUGUGUGAGUGAAUCAUGCGGGCUGAAUCACUUCAUCCAGUCAAACCAUCACAGCUGAACAGCUGAGUUCCAGCUAUCUGACAGCAGCCUGGAAAUAAAGCCACAAAAUCACCCGCGAGGCUUCAGUGCUGGACAUUCCUGCCGGACAUUAAUGGGAUAGAGUUCCUUCCAUUGUCCUUCACCAGCUUCUCCGUCAUGUCAGUUAAGUCAGACAGAGUCCAAAAGAAAUGGGCAGCUGUGAAGGGUCGCCUGGGAUCCUCUCAGGACUCGGACGGCCCUCAGGAGGCCAACCUGGAGAACGCAGACCCAGAGCUGUGCAUCCGCCUGCUACAGGUGCCCACCGUGGUCAACUACUCUGGGCUAAAGAAGCGGCUGGAGGGCAGCGACCAGACAUGGAUGGUGCAGUUCCUGGAGCUGUCAGGGCUGGACCUCCUCCUGGAAGCCCUGGACAGGCUCUCUGGACGUGGCUGCUCACGCAUCGCAGAUGCCCUGCUGCAGCUGACCUGUGUGAACUGUGUGAAGGCGGUUAUGAACUCCUCUGCAGGGAUACACUUCAUUGUGGAAAAUGAGGGAUAUGUGCGCAAGCUAUCACAAGCUUUGGAUACCUCCAACACUAUGGUGAAGAAGCAAGUGUUUGAGUUGCUGGCUGCCCUCAGCAUGUUCUCCGUCGAGGGACACAGACUGGCCCUGGAUGCCCUGGACCAUUACAAGGCAGUAAAGACCCAGCAGUAUCGCUUCAGUGUGAUCAUGAAUGAGCUGGAAAGCACAGAUAACGUCCCUUACAUGGUGACUUUGCUGAGUGUGAUCAACGCCCUCAUCUUUGGCACAGAUGACCUCAGACAAAGGGACAAAAUGCGCAAAGAGUUCAUCGGGUUACAGUUGCUUGACCUUCUGCCAAAGUUGAGGGAUCAGGAGGAUGAGGACUUAAUUAUCCAAUGUGAGGCGUUUGAAGAGGCCAUGGCGGAGGAUGAGGAGGAGCUGCUGAGGCUUUAUGGGGGCAUUGAUAUGAGCAGUCACCAAGAGGUCUUCUUCACAUUGUUUAACAAAGUGAGUAGCUCCCCUGCCUCGCUGCAGCUGUUGUCCAUCCUGCAGACUUUGUUGCUGUUAGGACCUGAACGUGCUGAUAUUUGGCAGGCCCUGGAGGCUCUCACUAACCGUGCUGUCCUACUGGCCCAGAACUCUCAAAUGGACUCCUCUGAGAAGAUCACACAAAGGCUUGUCUUUUCCAAAGAGCCAGCCACUGGCUCUCAUCACGUAGAUAGCUAUCCACACAAGGACCAAGCAGUUCAGACUGAGCUCAUUGACGAGGUGAAAGAACGUUUGAGCAAAUUACCCAUGACUAACCAGUCUCCACCAAUGAGCACCACACAGAAGCCAUGCACAACUGCACUGCCGCCUCCUCCACCACCUCCUCCACCUCCACUGCCUGGCAUGGCUGCUCUACUGCAUGCACCUCCACCACCGCCUCCGGCACCUCCUCUGCCUGGAAUGGGAGUCGCACCCCCUCCACCACCAAUUCCUGGGAUGGGUCCAGGAGGUCCCCCACCGCCACCACCUCCACCUCCUUUACCAGGAAUGGGUGUUCCUAUGCCUCCACCACCUCCACCUUUACCAGGAAUGGGUGUACCUCCACCACCUCCACCUUUACCAGGAAUGGGUGUACCUCCACCACCUCCACCUUUACCAGGAAUGAGUCCUGGAGGACCUCCACCACCACCUCCCCUUCCUGGUAUGCCUGGCCUACCUCCCCCUCCGCCUUUGACAGGAAUGGGGGACAUAAUAGUAGCUCACAAUGUUCAGACUCUGGGGAGGUGUUACUCUGCACCAGUGAAGACUGGUCCUUAUCCCACGCUCAGGAUGAAGAAGCUCAACUGGCAGAAACUAAACUCCAGAGCAGUCACUGAUGGUCGCUGUAUAUGGGCCUCAAAUCAGGCUGACCACCCUCUGGAACCUAAUUACACCAGCAUUGAGCAGCUCUUCAGUCUCCCAGUGGCUGAGCCCAAAGACAAAAGCCCAGUUGCUCCUGUCAAGAAGGAACCCAAGGAGAUUUCCUUCAUUGAUCCCAAGAAGAAUUUGAAUCUGAAUAUAUAUCUCAAGCAGUUCAAAUGCUCUAAUGAGGAGUUUGUGGCCAUGAUUCAGAAAGGAGAUCGUUCCAAGUUUGAUGUUGAGGUGUUAAAGCAGCUUCUGAAGCUUCUUCCAGAGAAACAUGAGAUCGACAACUUGAACUCGUUCCAGGGAGAUCAUGAGAAACUUGCCAAUGUUGAUCGAUUUUACCUCUCCCUCCUCGCUGUUCCCUGCUACCAGCUGAGGAUCGAGUGUAUGUUGCUAUGUGAAGAGACUGCUUCUGUGCUGGAGAUGCUAAAGCCUAAAGCGGAGCUGGUGGAGGCGGCAUGCGAGAGUCUCAGAGAGAGCACUCUACUGCCCAGCUUCUGCAAGCUCAUUCUUCAUGUUGGGAACUUCCUUAACUAUGGAAGUCAUACUGGAAAUGCUGAAGGAUUCAAGAUUAGCUCGCUCCUGAAGCUGACAGAGACCAAAUCCAACAAGGGUCGUAUCACACUCUUGCAUCACAUUCUUGAGGAAGCAGAGCUUAACCACCCUGAACUGCUGAAUCUGCCAGAUGACAUCGAGACCUGUGAAAAAGCAGCAGGAAUAAACCUGGAAUCUGUACAGUCUGAGGCAAGUGCACUGUCCAAGCGUUUAAGGGACACUGAGAAAAAAGUCUCCUCAUCUUUUCAAGAUGUUAAAGAGCAGUUUUUGAGUGUUAUUGAGGAGAACCUUCAAGCAUGUAAAAUUUUGGAGGAUCGCCUUGUUGAUUUAGAUAGGAAGAAGGCGGAACUGGCUGAGUAUCUUUGUGAAGAUGCAGCCCAACUUUCUAUAGAAGAGCUCUUUGGCACCAUUAAGACAUUCCGAGGGCUCUUCAUCAAAGCAUUGAAGGAGAACAGAAUCCGUAAAGAGCAGGCUGCAAAAGCAGAGAAGAGAAAGCAGCAGUUGGCAGAAGAGGAAUCCAAGAGACAGAAAGGAGAGAAUGGCAAGAUCAUCAGAAGAGGUGCUGUACCGCAGGAGGACGGCUGUAUUAUUGACCACCUGCUGGCGGACAUCAGAAAGGGUUUUCAUCUCAGAAAGACCCGGCCCAGGUGCGAAACGGAAAGUGCCCCCUCUAGUGAAAUACGUAAGGAUACCGGGCAGCCUGCAGCAAGUGUCAGGUCUGCAGAAGGAGUCAAGGUGUCUGUGGCCCAGGACCUCCCUCCUCCUCCUCAGGUAAAGGAGAUGGGCGCAGAAGAUCCAGCCAGCAUUUCCUCCAUCAGCCCCCCAGGAGAAGCACCUUUAGGCAGUGAAGCCCAGCUCCAGCCUCAGGGAGUGGAAGAGUCCCAGGCAGGCCUUUCCACAGAGAAACCCCUGCCAAAACAUACAGCAUCAUUAGAGGAGCAUCCAGCAGAGCUUCCUCCAGCUCAGGACCACUCAGAAGAUGGCAUAAAACCACAGUCAGUCACCACUGAAACCAUUACUGAGGAAAACGCCUCCUCAGACACACCACAACCACAGAUUUCUCAAUCUUCUGUGGAUGUGCAGAAUUCAGCACAAAUCCCAGUGCCUCCCCUGAACCCAUCUGCAGCAGAAGAUGAAGCUGUACCAGCACAUAAUCAUAAUGAUAACAAUAGCCAAUUUAAAGACACCAGUGAUUCUGUUGAUAGAUCACUGAAGAACGCAAAAAAUAUAGAUUCUGGCAUUUGUAUUGAUCCCGAUGAGAACGGAGAGGGUGCGGUUAUUUGUGAAAUGUCUCAGAAAAACCAAGAUCAGGGUGAACAGAGACAUUCAAGCAGUGACCAAGCAGGCACUAACGGAAACACAGCGUCUCCUGGCAGUAAAGAAAUUCAGCAGGGAUGCAAUGUACCUGACGGAGCACAAGCACAGGAUAUCCCUUCUCCCUUCAGUCCUCCUAAAACUCAGCCUAAACAGCACAAACUUCUCCGUGGAAAAAAGAAAAGCAGUCAUGAAGCUGGGGGUAACAGCGAAGGACACAGUAAGCAUAAACAGGGCUGUGUGUUACAGUAAGGACGACCGAGGAAAAGGAAAACAAGAGGGAAGAGAUGAAGCUUUGCUCCUGAGACACUGUAAUCAAAUUGGCUUUUUUGUGAUCAGCUUUUCUAGCUCCCUUUAACAGUUCACACACAGCACUCUGAGCAAGGCUCGAGCUGAGCAACAAUAACCAAGAUCAGACUGAGCUUUUCUGACAGUUGAUGGACCAAGUUAAGACACUUUCUCACAAGAAAUUUCUAUGAGUUUGGAAUAGAAAAAGAUUAUUUUUGGAAAUGCUUACUUUUGCUCUUUAGAGUUGAGAUGACCAAAUAUUACAUUCAGUUACCCAUUUGUACAUGCUAUUAAUAUAAAGACAAUAAAUGUUUACAUAUCUUAUAGGUAUAUUUCUAGAAGUUUAGUCAUGAAACAAAUUUUUAAAAAGUCGUGGAUUGCAUUGAGUUUAUCAGUAUCACUGGGAUAUGACUGAGACACGCACUCCAGCCAUGAACUGGAAUGUAUGUAUGUAUGUAUGUAUGUAAGACUUUAACAUCAUAAACUGUGUAUGUUGCUAUGAUUGAUACCACUGUAUACAAUAAUGUAUAAAUAUUGAAUAAGGCAGUAUUUUGUGAAGAACCUGUUUCGAUGUAGUGUCAUAUUUGAAGUUAAACAGGUACCAGAACAAGAAUUUAGAACAACUCUAUAGUAUUUACAGAAACAGGCUUUUCAGUCAUUUAUUAUUGCAAUGUUACUAUCAGGAGCCCAGAAUCUCAUGAACUAAUCUUGCAUAGAAUGUCUAAGAAUGUAACAUCAGAUGGAAUUAAACAGUCAUUGAGGCUGGACCACCUCAAAUGCCCUUUAGCUUUUGUGCUAAACUCCCUGAAAACUUGGUGCCAUAAUGUUUGUUUGUGUUGUCAAUAAUGUACGUGUACUAUUUAUGAUGGCAGUGUAUGUGACCUAAGAAAAAAUAUUUUACUUUAAAGGAUCCAAAGUGCUUAUUGAAAUAAAGGCAGCAGUUGAUUGUCAUAGA